CCAAUGGUUUACAUCCCUACAAUAAUUUCUAGGGUUUUAAACCGUCCGAAUAAAUUAAAAAAGAGCAUAUUUUCGAUCUUCGAAAUCCAGGGUUAGGAUUUCGUUUAUGUUCAUCUCAAAUUUUGUAGUUUCCUUCAUUUGAUUUUCUUUACUAGAAAUUACAGACCUUAGUAUCUUCCUUUUCUAACUAUCCUUUUGAGCUCAUUCACGUCCUUAGGCAAGAAAGAAGCUUUCUAAUCAUUAUCUGUUUAUUUAUGAGAUAAAAACGGUGCGGUACUUGAUGGACGAGAUCUGGGAGAGAGCGGUGGAGACAGCGUUAGACGGGCAAGCGGACCACGCGACGGCUAGAAUCUUGACACUUGACGGUGUGGUUAAGUGCGUUCAAGGUCGCCUCCCCUUACCGAGCCUGUUGGAAAAAUUUGAGAAUCUUCAACAUCUUUCAAUUGCCAAUAUUGGCGUUUCAUCUCUAGAACAGUUUCCUCGUCUUCGAAAUCUCCAGAAGUUAAUCCUCUCAGACAACAGAAUCGCCGGUGGCCUAAAAUUUCUCGUUGAAGCUGGCCUUGACUCGCUCCGAGAACUUGACUUGUCUAACAAUCGGAUUCAAUCUAUUGAAAACCUUGCCCCGCUUGCCCAGCUUAAGCUUGUAUCCCUUGAUCUUUAUGAGUGCCCGGUUACCAGAGUUAAGGAUUAUCGAUCUAGGGUUUUUGGAUUGAUUAAAUCGUUGAAAUAUUUAGAUAAAAUGGAUGCUGAAGAGAAUGAGAGGCCAGAAUCUGAUGACGAGGAGGAAGAUGAAGAUGAUCCAGGGAGUGGGGAAGUUGAUGGUGAUGAUCAGCAUUACAGAAAAAGUAAUGGGCAUAGAGAAGGUGCGGAAGGGAUUGUUGAUGAGGAUGAGGAUGAGGAGAGUGAUGCAGAUGAAGAAGAGACGGAAAUAGGUGGAAGAGUAAAUGGGUUAAGCCAUGAGGGAAAUGAGUUUCGGAUUGAGGAAGUAGGGAGAGCUGAAGAUGAUGAUGGGGACGAUGAUUAUGAGAAUGGUUCAGGUGAGGAAGUCGAUGAUGAUGAGGAGGAAGGAGAUGAUGUUUUGGAAGUUCAGGAUAUUGGGGAUAAUGAUGAGGAAGAGGAAGAGGAAGAUGACGACGAAGAGGUAGAUAAUGAUGAAGGUGACUUUGCAGAGCCAGAGAGUACUGGACGUUUGACAAGCACAGAAGUUGAGAUUGAUGGGCAUGAACACGGAGAAGACGGGGAUGAUGAUGAAAAUGGUGAGACCGGUGAGGAAGAGAUAGGUUUUGGUGAUGACGUGGAAUAUGAAGAUGAAGAAGAGGGUGAAGAGGAGGAUGAUGACUAUGGUGAAGGUUACCUGGUUCAACCAGUGGCGCAAGCUGAAGUACAUGUUGCUGAAGGAAGCGAGAUGGAGCCAGGUAAUGAAGAAGAAGAAGACAAUGAAGAUGAAGAAGUUGAAGAUGACGAGGAUGUUCAGGUGCUGCCAUCUACUUCUUCACAGCUUAAGAGAAAGAGAGGUGAUGAUGAGGAGGAGGAGGAGGAGGAUGUGGAGUUUCCAAAUGCAAAAGAAUCAAAGAAGCAUGGUUAGAUGCACAGUGCUACCAUGAUGUGGAAAGAAAUACCGAAAAUUCAACUCGAUUUUUGUCUGCCUGCAUCGCCUUCGGUAAGGUGGGAGCAUGUGUUAUUGUUAUGACAUGAAGAAGAAGGCCUCUAGAAAAUUGGGUGAAGUUCAUAUUGAUACAGUGGCAGGAUUGUGGGUUAUGUGAAUAGCCUUGUUGAGCUCUAGACUGCGGGAUGAGGGGAACGCCAGGAAAUUUGUUCAUCUUUUAUAUUUUGGGUAAACUACAUUUUAGUCA